GCAAUAUGCUGUCUCCGUUAUUGAGUAUUGUAACCCGACUUCACUGUAUACACUCCCUUAGCAUCAAAACUCCACAUCCAAGAGUCCUUUUGAUCUGUAAUUCCCAAUGGGAUCUGCUGGAUUAAAUUAAUUUCAGCCAUGCUAAAUAGUUGAUUUAUUGCUUCCAGAUCCCAUGAUCUGCCAUCAAAUGUCAUCAAGUCUGCCACAUAAGUCUCAUCCAUACUAGUUGUGCUUAGGGACUGGAUAUAUGGUGAGUUAUUGCCUGCUAGCCACGGAUCAUUAAAAACCCUUCUAGACUGUCCAUUCCCUCUGCGUUCUAUACAUCCCUCACGAAGAAGAGGUAUACGAGCACAUAUUGACUUCCAAAAAAAAGCUCGGCGCGUAGAGAACAAAUUUUACGGCUGGAGAAAACAAAGAAACCCCCCAUCUCCUCCAUCGCUGACGAUAAAGAUAGAGCAGAGAACACAAGCCUAACUUCUUUUUGUGGGUUUACAAAAGGAAAUGAAAUGGGGCUCAAGAAACUCGGCUUUCCCCUUUUGGCCAUAAUGGUAAUAUUAUCGCAGCUUCAUCUUCUUCUUCCUCCUCUGCAUGCACAUCCAUUGCAAAAUGCAUCCACUGCUAAAGGCCUGAUCCUUCAGGAACCAAAAGCUAUAAAUGAAAAAAUUGGCGAAAAUAAGGGGAUGACUGUAAAACUAACUGUUUCAGCAGGGAUAAAGCAACUAUUAUCAGUAGACAGAAGAGGUGGUGGUGGUGGUGGCCAUGGAGGAGGAGGUCAUGGAGGUGGCCAUGCAAGUCAUUCAGCUGGAAGUCACGCGCACAGUGGAGAGGCUACAGGUAAUGGUAAUGAUGGGUAUGUGCAUGGUGCAACUGUAGUGCCUUUGCUUUCUGCCGGAGCUAUGUCUCAUCACCAGAACAAUGACCACCAUCAUGGUGCCAAUGGAGCUACCCCAACCUCUACUGGUCCAAGCUAUGUGGUUCUUGCAGCCUUGGUUAGUUUUAUUCAAUAUUUUGCAUUGCUUUAACUUAUAAGAUCUCAUAACUUGUUCGACAAAAAAGUUUCAGAAUUUAAUUGGUGUUGUUAUUUAUCUCUGUAAUUACUUCGGAGAUUAAUGUUGUUCUUUAAUAAUAUAUUUGGUUGAAGAUCCAA